UUGACGCCCGAGACCUCAAACGAGGCGGACCAAGAACCCUACAAGCAAGAACUUCUGGAACAACAUAGGACACUACUUGAGCGACGGCGCAAAGCAGCUAAUAUGAAUAUCCAAUUACAGACAAGAUUGGCAGAAUAUUUUCGCCGAAAACGUGCUGAUGCCGUUGAUGCGGCACACUCGAAUGUCGACAGUUUGGCAAGUAGUGUUGUUGAUACUGGUGCAGAUUACAAUGCACGAUUUUCGAAAUACAUCACAACACUUUCCGAGAUGCAAGAUCGAUUUAUGAACCAGAAGAAACUUAUUUUACAAGAAAUAAGUAACUUGAAAAGAUUAUGCGAUGAAAAGAGUGAUGAGGCUGAGAGGACUUUUGCGGGAAUGGCAGACUUUAUUGAAAACCAGGGAAAGGAAGCUAUAAGCUAUAAGAGUGGCCGGCCUUUGCCCAUAGAGUACUACAAAGCCCAACGUGAAAUGUUGCUAAAGAAGAACUCUGCGGUCACUAAAGUGCGGUUGGAGAAUAUAAAACUACAGAGACAAGUCGAAAAGAUAAACGCUGCUUUUAAAUCACACGACCUCUCCGAGGGUUUGCAUCUGAUAGAUUUUGAACAAAUGAAGAUAGAAAACCAGACCUACAACGAGAAAAUCGAGGAAAGGAAUGAGGAAACUGGCAAGUUGCGUCGUAAAAUAACCAAUACCGUCCAAAUGAUGACGCAUACUAAUGAGAAGCUACAAGCAUGUCAGGCCGAAAACUUUCUCCUCCGAGAUCAGCUUAAUUUAUGGACGAGGAAGCUUAACGACUCCCGUGAUACACUAACCAAACUAAAACAAAGCCGCGACGCUCUAAAAAACAACUAUGCGUUACUCCAACGUACGAGCGGUCUCAUGAGUCACCUGGAGAUGCUCCGGGGGUAUGAAGAAACAGUUGACGAGGUGGAAACAAAAAAACGAGAGAUCGCAAGCAUGAAACAGCAAGCCCACAGCUUCUUAGCGAAGGCAAAAUUCUACGAAGACAAGGUCUGUGGUACCAAACGAAAACUAGAAACCACAAAAGCAAGAAACAUUUUUCCAUAA